AUGAUAACGGUUUCAUCACCACCGAAACAUAAUCAAAAUUCCAACAGCGCAACAAAUGCAAGAAGUACCCGAAGAAGAUCUCAUCAGCAAAAUGAAAAGUUGAUGGAGAAGAAAAGUGAGGAAAAAUAUAAAGAAGCAAAACUGAAAAUUGCAAAGAAAUUAUUUAAGGAAGCUGCAGAAGACCUUACAGAAGCCAUCAAUUUUAAACCACUUCCGAAAUUUCAUUUCUUGCGAGGAAAUUGUUAUAGACAUACUCAAGAUUAUGAUCGAGCAAUAUUGGAUUAUACGAUCGCAAUUGACACCCAAGAGGAGGCAGCAUUCUAUCUAGCGAGAGGAAAAUGUUUCCGCACAAUCGGCAAGAUUAACAAGUCGAUUGCCGACUUUGAUCGAGGAAUUGAUGUUCUCUCGAAAGCACCACAAACCACAAAUGCUUUACCCAAUACUGCUUUGAACAACUCUCGCAUUCAGUCUCUCGAUACCUCAACCUUACUUCCUGUCUCAAAUGCUGGUGGGGAAAAUCAAUCAGUUCUGUUUCAGCUCUUUGUUGACAGAGGAUUAAGUUACUAUGAAAAAGGAGAUAAGAAAACUGCAAUUGAAAACUUUGGAAAGGCUAUUAAUUUAAACAUCACAAAGCAGCAAAAUUUGUUCAAAGCCUAUUUUCAUCGAGGAAAUACUUUGCGAGAGUGUGGAGAAUUAGAAGCAUCGAUUGAGGACUUGACAAAGGCAGCAGAUCUUGAUCCCAAAAAUGCAGCAGUGCACAACAAUUUGGGCCUGAGUUUUUUCGAAAAGAGAAAUUACCCUGGUGCAGAAAAAAGGUUUACACUAGCCAUAGAGAAUGAUCCAAUGAAGGCAAUAUAUCACAACAAUCGAGGAUUAGCUUACUACAAGCUAAAAGCAUAUGAAAAAGCAAUCGAAGAUUUCACUUGCGCUUUAAACCUUGAUCCAGAGGAUGGAAAUAUCUAUUUCAACAGAGGAAAUACUUUGCUCGCAAUGAAAAGGUAUGAAGAGGCGUUGACAGAUUUCAACCUUGCCAUCAAUAAGGUAGACACAGAUGAAAAUUACUUCCACUGCAAAGGAAUUGCAUAUCAAGAAAUGAAUGACAUUCCUCAGGCCAUUCAAAUGUUUAAAAAAGCUUUGGAAAUUAAUGAGAAAAGUGUUCAAAGCUUGUAUCAUCUUGGAUUAAUGUAUCAUAUUAACAAUCAAUUAUUUGAAGCUAAAAAACAAUUUUCAAAGGCUCUGGAAAUUGUUCAUGACCACAGAAUCUAUGAAAGUCGAGGAUUAGUGUAUAUGGAUUUGUUAUAUUACGAGUUGGCCAUUCAAGAUUUUUCGGCAGCCAUUCGUAUUGUGCCAGAAUCUCCUUCUAACUUUUUCCACAGAGGUAAAUGUUUUCUCUGGCUAGAACGCUAUACUGAGGCAGUGAACGACUUUAAUACGGCAUUCAAACAAGGAUGUGAUGACCCUCAAGUGUAUAAUGCUAGAGCUAUGGCAUAUAAGCAUCUCAAAAAGCAUGACGAAUCUAUUGCUGAUUUGACAUCUGCUAUCAAGCUCGAUGAGAGAAAUGUUGAAUACUAUUUCAACAGAUCCCAAUGUUAUUUUGAUUUGAAAAAUCAUAGACAAGCGUUAAAAGAUUUAGACACCAGCAUUGAAAUUGAAAAAAACGAACCUAAAUUAUUCUACUUGAGAGGUUUGACCUAUUAUGAAAUGAAAAAUUACAAAAGUUCAAUCAAGGAUUUUAAGGCUGCAUUACGAUUGAAAAGUGGUCCACCAUCAUCAAGCUCUGUAAAAGUUGGAGAACCCACUUUUGGACAUGAUUGCUACUAUCAUAUGGGACUCUGUUACUGUUUUCUUGAAAAGUAUGAAUACGCAGUGGAAUCAUUCACUCAAGCAAUCGAAAUGAUAUCUGCUAAGGAGAAUACACAUGUCAAGGACUCUUCAUCUGCUCUAAUGGUUGACGACGCUAAUCUACAUGCCUGUUAUCAUCAUGAAAGGGCUAAGGCCUAUCAAAUUCUCGGAAUGAAUGAACGAGCCCUUGAAGAUUUCACAGCUGUGAUUCAGUUCCAGCCUGAUAAUGCAUAUGCCUAUUUCAGAAGAGCUUUUGCUUGGAAAGCUCUUGAGAGGUUUGAAGAGGCGGCUGAAGACUUUGAAAAAGCAAAAUCCCUGCAACCUAAUAAUCCUAACCUGGUGGUCAACUACAAGAAAAUAUAUGAUAUUGCAUAUGUAGAGUUGAGUAAGCCUGGAGAGAACCAAUAUUGA